GCGGCAGGGUUCUGCUGAGGGAUGGUCAUGACUUGGAGGCGCAUACAGCCCCACCAACUAUGCCUCCGAGACCGACAAUACAAUGUUGCCGAGCACUCCAAGGCCGCAACGAUGUGUCUGUUGACGCGGUCUGGGUGACGGACGACGUCCUUAGUCGAGCAUUCCGGCGAUACCUCGAUGUUUCAGUGACAAAGAGGCGGGCCGUCAGCUCGGCUCCGGGGCCCAUGUAUCACCGCAAGCGAUUUGGAAGAAGACAGAUGACGGAGCUCAAUGCUAUGCAAUCCAUCGGAUCGCUGCCAGUAUGGGCACUGUCAAACGCACCAGACAUGACCAACUGGCGGUGGCAGCCGCCCAAGCCAGACCUCUGGUCAUCACCACCGCCAAAGGCCACCAUCCGACGGACGCUUGAGCCGCCCACCCCCCUUGAAACAACUGUUAUACGACCAGCUGGAAGAGAGGUUGAAAGGCCGCCGCCGCUUCGAGUCGACUUCAACCCGCAAUUCGUCAUGUCCUUCAUGAAGGAAUUGAAAGAGUUACACAUCAACAGCUUUAGCACUGCCGACGAGUACCGCGCCGAGUUCAUAGGCCUCGUCUGCCGGGCCACAAAAAUUGUGUCGAGAGGAGGAUUCACCAGCUCAGGCGUCGGCGAGAUAUACUUUGCGGCUUUUGAGCAUCUCGAGACAGCACGUCGAGUGCAUCCAGAGUUGCAGACGCUUUUUCCCUACCUCAUGUCCAGUGCUGCCCGAGGCAUCAUGGGUGCGAAGUCACUGGAUGGCAACUUCUUCGUUCCCACGGCACGGUUCUGGGAGAAGUGGCUGGAACAGUUAAGGGAUUGCGAAGUCAACAUAGCGAACACGAAGCUGUUGAUGUUUGUUAUGGAUAACCUCCGCCCGCGACAGGUUCGAAGAUCGAGUAACCUGCUACUCUCAGUCCUCUACCGGUAUUUCGACCUGUGGAGCACCAGUGAUCUCCACGGAGAGCCGGAGGUCUGGCACCACGGUGAAAUAUCCCGACUCUCGUCGAGCGCUUCGCUUUGGUCCGGGCGGAUUGACAAACUGUUCAAGGCCAUGGAGUCGGAUUUAGCCGACGGACAAGUCCAACGAGCACGCUCCCAUAUGCGUCUUGCCGAGAAACUCCUCGCCAGAGUCCAACGAAUCGCGCUCAAGCAGGCUCAUUUGAUAAUGCGCUACAACUGGCUCCAGAUCCUCGCCCGGCUGCCCAAUGUACAGACAGACGAGUUCAAGCAGCUGCUGUGUAUGUUUGCGCCCAAUGGCCAUGCUGCCCUCUCAUACAUGGAACUAUGCGACCUGUUCUUGCUUCACUGGUCCAGCCAGGGCAUGCUCACAGACCCAGAUUGGACUCGCAGCAUCUGGAACAAUAUCCGAGGCAAGGACGACCACUUUGCCAUAGCUGCUUUGGCUCUUGCAGUCAACAAGACGAACACGCCAAAGCAAUGCACAGCCAUCUUCUGGAAUCUUUGGAGCCUCCUCCGUUUUCGAGGCGGGCCAAAGAAGCUCCUGCGACAGCUUUCUCUGCUGUCUGACAGCCGCACCGUCAGCUCUGCAUUCCUACAGAGGCUGGCUUGGACUUCAAAUGAUCAUCGUGUCGCCCUACUCCUCCACUUUAUCCUCUGCAAGCAAGAAGGAAGAGUCCGCAACUUCUGGUGGCCGGCCUUUUGGGACAAGUUUGCAGCAAAGCAAACGACGCGUUGGAAAUAUCCACAGAUCGACCCGAUUCUGCUGGCUCGAAAAAUGACAAUCCAAAUCUCAGGCAAACAGCCGUUGAAUCCAUUGGCGAAUCAAACCGUGGAGAGCUCCUAUGAGCAGCAGCUGAUGGAGGUAGAAUCUGAGAGCGUGGAACGCCAACUUGACUCAUAUGAGCCCGUAGCUUGCGUUCCCAAGACGAAAGCAUGGGUCCGCCAGGUCAAGAGGAUACAAUGGAGCCUCAAGCUGCUGCUUCACGCUCGACAGCUCACGGACCGGCAGGCCCUACAUUACGUGACAGCCUUCACCGGUAUCCUCGCCAACAAACAAGGCCACCUGUCUGCUCGCGACUUGGCGACAUUGACCUCUGUCAUUAUGCGGACAUUGGACCAAGGCAAAACCGGGAGUGUGGAGCGCUUGAGAUGGUAUCUGGGGAUCAUCUAUACGCACCUCGGCGAACAAUCUUGCAUCAGGGUGGGCGUGAUUCUAAAACGGCGCCGCGAGGCCAACUGGCAGGUCGGCGAACUACCCAAAGUCAUCAUCACGCAGACGAGGACGCUGGGCCUGUCUGCAGAGGGCGAGGGCUUUUUAACGAUACUGGAGGAGUUCGAGAAAACACGAAGCUGAAGGAGGCCAUUGGAGGGCUAUAAGGGUAAUUGGAUAUACUAUCACGUGUACCGAAGAGCAAAAGUCGAACAGCUGACGACGAAGUCUUCUUCAGAGUCUAUGAUUAGGGGAGACUUGAUAAGACCAAAAAAAACCACCCGCAAGGUCUCAUCCCAGAUGAAGGGGCGAGUCGAUGAAUCCUAGUUUUACUGCGUAUGACAAGAGUUACUUGACAGUGGAGUGCUCCUGCCGUCUCUGUGUAUCACUUGGUGGGGGGGUCAGGUUGCACAACCUGAAAACUAACAAGGUCUAAAAAAAUAAAAAUAAAGAGACACCACUACCACC